AUGUCUACCUUGGGUGAAGAGUUUCCUACCUCUACUUCAGAGUUCUUUGGUUUGAAGCCGCUAUUCUCGAGACAGUUGGUGUCGUCGUAUAGGGAAUCGUUACCGUAUAAGAAAUUUAACAAUUUUAGUAUUAGCAAUAAACAUAAGGUAUUUGUAGCAUGUGGAGCAAGUGAGGUUAUUGUUGGUGAUUUGGAUAACUUGAGGAGUGUGGGACAACAGAGAGAUGGUAAUGGCGAGGAAUUGACGGUUUUAAAGAGGGAGAUUUCUCCGUCUUCCGAUGAGGCAGCAGCAGCGGUUGCGGUUGUUGUUAUUGGUGUCGGGUUUUGCAAGGAUCAUAUAGUGUAUGUUCAAUCCAAUGGUGAAAUCUGGACAACUCCCAUAGUGAAUUAUGGUACGUGGUCUCGUCUGCAAGUGGAGAUUCCACCUAAUGUUGUAGGCAUGAAAUGUGCAGGACCGUCUGUUGUAGUGCAAUUGGAGGAGCUUGGCGCUUUGUUGGCAAUUAAUUUGGUAGAUAAUAGCGUGACGAAAGUGGCAACUGGGGUGUGUGAUUUUGACAUACUCGAAGAUAAGAUAUUGUAUCUACGGAAUGAUUAUAGUAUUAGCACCGUUUCAAUUCUGGACUCCACGGCCGCAGGGCCGAGCUUUCACAUUCCCGAAGAAAUGCAGGGUGAAAACACCCAGCCAUUGGCGCUUUCAUACCUAACAGAGGAUAGUGUGUUACUAGUACUUGGAGAACCUCCACUUAGUGAGGACAGUGAAGUUUCGUAUUCACAUCAGAUGUAUGUCGUUUCAUUGAGCUCCAGGCUUAUCCGUGAAAGCUUUGACAUUGCGCCUGCAUUUGGAACCGUGAAGCGGAAUCCAGUCUACUAUCACAGUACUCUUUAUGAGUUUGUGCCGAACAUCAAGGAACUGCAUAUCAUAGUAUCGUCUUGCUCGUCGGAACUGACGCUAAUAGAUGAUAAGGAGGUAAUCCAGCCUUUACAGGAUGCAGACCGUGCGGUUUUGCCCAUAAAUCAGGACACUGAUAAUGAUACUAACGCGGUCGGCUUGGCAAUUGAUGUUGCUACAAGACAAGAAAUUUUGUCCCCGUGUGGGGGCGUUGAGAUUACCUCGGAAUUACCUUUGGUCUAUGUAUUGAAUAAUCUAGGCUCAUUGGAAUGCUGGGCGAUAUUCCAUUCAGCUGCUUUGAAGAGUGGAGAACUAUCUGCAACUGUGACUUUGAAAAGAGUUUCUGAACAGCGGUGGCAUUCCACAUCAGCAGACCAGGUUACUGAAAACGAGUCUGUUAAAACUCCGUUGGUUGCAAACUCACCCUUCGAGAGUAUAUCACAAAACCAGAAUGCAGGAAACAACAGCUUUGGACAACCUCUUUUCGGCUCUCCUGGUUUUGGAAUUCAUGCUGACUCAUCUCCAUUUGCUUCAUCUAAUUUCUCUAAAAAUAUCGACAAUAGUGGUAGUGGUACCCAAACUACACCAGCAUUUGGUUCAACCGGUUUUGUUGCAACUGAAAAAAAUCCAAAUAUGUCUUCUGCAUUUAAAAACAAUCGUAAGUCUCCGUCUCCUUUUGCAGAUAUGUCUCUUGUUGAUUCUGGGGCCAAUUCAGUGUAUAAUUCAGCAAAGCCAGCUAUGAUAGAAACACCGCUUUUUGGGAAACCUGCAUUUGGUAAUGCUACACCUAGGAAGGAACAAUUUGGGUCUAAUACACUCUCAUUCACUGGAUCUGCAUUUGGUAAACCGAAAUUUACUUCCGAUCUACCAUCAACUGAAUCUGCAUUUGGUAAGCCAGUAUUUACACCUGUUGUGCCAUCUGCAGGGUCUCCAUUUGGAAAACCAUCCUUUGGAUCUAUGUUUCAGCAAAAUAACUCUCCAUUCGGCAAUAGUGCUCCAAUAUUAGAUUCUCAAUCUGGCAAGGCUUCGGAAGGUUGGAGUUCUGCUGCAGCGGGAUCAACAUUUGACAAAUCAGUAUCCUUGUCAAAUCUUACAACAGCUUCGCCGUUCAAUGAUACAGCUACUUCUAAUACACAGGUUAAACAGCUGUCCUCUACAUCAAAACCUGGAUUUGCCAAUAAUUUAGGUAGUACUGAGACUUCAAGUAGUUUUGUUUUUUCUGAAUUCACAAACAACCUCCAAGACUAUUCCUCAACCGUUGAAAAGCCGCCUUCUGACUUAGGUUCAUUAGAACAGUCAUCUGCUGAAGAUCAACCAUCUGAAGGUCAACUAUCUGAAGAACAGCAGAGUCAAGCUCUAUUCUUGGGGACUGAUAGUGAAGGCUUGGAAAUUCAUUCGACCCAAGAAGGCAAAGUGAAUACGAAUGAAGAAGAUGAAGUUAAUUCUAUUGAAGAAGACGAAGAAAAUCCGAUUAUACGAGACGAAAAGACAGAAUCUGUACUCUCCUUCACUGAUCGAAUCAAGAAGGCGGCUAAGCUUUCACCUUCUGACAUAUCUAACCCACUAAUGGCUAAACCCUCUGAAACAGUGCCUCAAACUACACCAUCGCCGUUUUUAAAGUUUAAUAAUACCUUGACACACAAUCUUACUUCAGAUGAGGUUCCUGCCUUCUCUCUAUCCAAAUGGGGCAAAAAUAAUGAAAGUACUUCGAGUGAACGGCAGUCUACAGAAGUUGAUAAAGUUGGACUUAGUGUUUCGAAUGAUAGAUCGUCGCCUGACGAUCAGGGCCGUAAACCAGACUCUGAAGAUAAAGUGGACAGUUCCAACCAUUUAAAAGGCUCGCUUCAACUGCCACCAGCUGCACGUGAAGUCGAUAAAAGUCACGGGGUAAAAGAUCCUCUGGACUGCUCAGACGAUUCUAAGGAUAAAACAGAUAAAGAGGAACCUCACAACAAUUCGAUGGAUCUUAAAGAUGAUAUCAAGCUAAUAAGUCCUAAGAAUGAUAAGGUUCAAAAAGCAAUUACGGACGGACCUCGGUCUAUAGAUCAAAAUGUUAGCUCUUCUGUAGCUGAUAAUCAAGGCCACGAGUGCAAUUCUGAAGCUCCAUCUAUUGAUGCGAAGGUUGUGAGUUCUGAUCAAGAUAAGUUCAUUAAUGCAUCAUCAGAUGAAUCUAAUGUUGAUAUAGGCAGAACGGUUCAAGAAGGAGAAUCUGAUCUUAAAGCGAACACCUCGAUUGUCCAAGAAACCCCUGCUUCUUUAAAUAAACAAGCGACUACUUCUGUGGAUCGUAUUUCUAAGAAAACUUCCGCUAACUGCAGUUCAAUUGGUAUUCAAACCUCUAAUUCUAAAACUGUUGACAUUCAAACAGCACCUUUGAAGAUGGUAGAUCAACAGAUCAAUUCUAUUCCAAAAACAGCAGAUAGCUCUAUUCAAACUGAUCCCUGCGAAUAUUUAGAUGUUGGCUUCAUGAGUUUCGAAGAUGAUCAAAGGUACCUAGAAGAUCAGUAUCCUCCUGUUCAAUUGAAGAAGUUUUAUGCCGGGGCAUCGUUGCAUCCUAUUACAUAUGUUUCGUCGGAUUAUACCAUGAGAGCAAUUGAAAAAACCUAUCAUAUGAUUAGUGCAGAAAUAUUUGUAUUGAACGAAAAUUUAACUAAUUUGGGUGAAUACAUUGCAGACCAAUCGGCCAUACCCUAUGAGAAGAGCGUUUCGUUAUUGGCCAAUAUUCCUAGUUGGAGACUAAGCGAAGCCAAGUUGCUGAGAGUUAUAAUAAAUGAUAAUCUUGGAUCCAUUAAAUCUAUUCAUGAAGACAUUAAAAAGUUAGACGCAGAUUCAAACAUGGAUUACAGUUCUUUAGAGAGGUUAGCAUACACUCUGAAGGAUUAUUAUUCGCAGCUUGAAUAUCUUAAUAAAGAAAGCGAUAAUUUAUUGCGCGAUCUUUCUUUUGCUCAAUGUAAGAUGCAGAUCACUAUUCGGUCCAAACUCGCAACGACGAAUGGACAAAUUAGAAAUUUGGUCAAACUGUUUCAAUUAUUGAAGUUAUAUACCAUCAAGAGGAACACUGAAAACGUUACAAUUGUGCGUAAGGUCAUCAACGACAAUAUCGAAAGGGGCAGCCUCCUAGAAGAAAUCCAAUCAUUGAGGCGGGACAUUUCAAGAUUGAACACUAAUGAUAGCCCUAAUCCUACUCAAACUAGCAGUGAGAUAUCAUUGAAUAGUAUCGAGAGUGCUCAGAUUGUAAAGCAUUUAUUAACCAUUAACGUUAAACAGCAACUGGGAGAUUUAUUUAAAUCCAGAUUCCUAGAUUCUAGAACCUAG